AAUGAAUAAUUUGUUGAAAGUGAUGUAAGUGGCCAAAGAAGCGCCUGACAUGGUAGGAGUUAAUUUGCAUUAUUCGCAGCUAGUUGGCGAUAAUUUGAUAGCAAGAUUUAUGCGGUUAAAUGUAUCAGAUGUGUUUGUGACAUGUUGGAAGUGAGGGAAGAACGACUGUGAACUACUUCCCACCAGUGGGUCCUGAUAUGGAGGCAUCACAAUCUCCCAACUUUCUCCAGCCCUUUUCACCUGGGCUUGAUCCAUCAGACCUGCCGUCAACGAUGAUACAGGACAUUGACCUCCAUCUUGAAUGUGACGAUGAUGGCAACUUCUGUCUUCCAGCAGUUGCCGACAGCAACAAUGUCCUUUCUCAUUCAGUGAUCGGUCAGAACGUAAAUCUCAGUGUGACAUUCCCAGUCCCAAAACAAACUGAAAAAGCUGUAUUGGUGUUCAGUUGUUCGCAGUGUGACCAAACUUACAGCAAACACAGUAAGCUGGCUAAGCAUUUGCUUCAAGUCCAUGAGAUAGAAAAGAAUUUUCAGUGUACAGUUUGUUCUUUUGCAACAACGUCCACAAGACUGUUGAGACGCCAUUUUGUCAGGAAGCAUGUCACAAAAAGCGAGGAGAAGUUUCGUGAAUCAAGAAAAUGUCCAUCUUCUUCAGAUCAGUUAGGGAGUGACAAAUUGUGUUUUACUGCUACAAAUGCUGAUUCCACUGGGAAUACAAACCUUCAAUCACAGAGUUCUGAAAAUGAUGAAAAGUCUGCAUUUGACACAGAACAUUCAAAUGAACUUGAAAGCGGAACUGGUUUGAAUGUAACAAAGUUAAAAACAUCCCAUGAUGAAGAAGACAGUAAAGAGCAGCGGUUUGAUUUCAUGUGUUCUGAGUGUGCAUACAGGGGAAUAACACAAAAACAACUAAAGAUGCACUUUGCAAAUAUUCAUGAUCCAUCACGGGAGAUUUAUAACUGUCAUGUUUGUGAAUACUCAUGCAAACAGAAACGCACUUUUAUCAUCCACCAAAGAAUGCACAAAAAUGAAAAGCCGUUUAAAUGUGAUUUCUGUCAAAAAUCUUUUUUUGCCAUGUCGACCCUGAAACGACAUGCAUUGAUCCAUGCAACCGACAGACAGCAUAACUGUCCCUUCGAAAACUGUUGUCAGAUGUUUAGGUAUAAGGACUUGCUGAGGUCUCACAUUUCUAAAGUCCACAAGAAGUGUAAGAGCAACAACCUGACCCUCGAUCCAGAGCAGCAGGUAUCACCAUCCAAGUCGGAGAGUAACCACAAGAAAAAAACUCUGUUUGCCUGCAGUUGGAAAGGAUGUGAAAAAUCAUUCCGAGACAACUAUAAUCUGAAGUGUCAUUACUGCUUGCAUACAGGGGAGAAACCGUUAAAGUGUCCACGCUGUGAAUUUAAGUGUGUGCAACAAGCCUCCUUGAACUGUCAUGUGAAGAAAAUGCAUUGUGAAUUAUAAAUUCAUGAUUUUAGUAUAUCUUGUCCUGAUCAGAAUUAUCGUUGUUGCUGAGGGUGUAUUGGAUAAAAGAAUGUCAAGAAUAAAGUAUGCAGACCUUA